CCAUUUUACUUCUGUGGAACGGCGCUAAGUCAGUGUGACCUCUAGGUAACUUCCUUACCGUUGUCUACUCGAAGGGCGAUUAAGAAGCCAACCCCGGCAAUGUCCGUGGAGCCACCACUGCCGCAGCCGAUCGCCGCUCAGCUCAACCAUCUUCUCACAUACUCUCCCCUCUCCGUCAAGGUCGAGCGGGUAUGGUCCGGAUCCAAAAACGCUCGAUACUCCGACCGCUUAACUCUCUCAAUCCCCUUCUGCCUUGACUACAUCAAAUGGGAUGUGAUCUACAACGCGCUCCACCCGUCACUAGCGCCGGAUGUCGUCUUUUCGCUGGAGGACGAUGACUUCGAUCCCCUAGGCGAUAUAGCAAGGGAGGGGGAAAUGCGGUUGAGCAAGAGCAGCUUGUGUGAUUGGAAUGGAAAAGAUCCAUCGAAGCUGAUGGCUCUUGUCCAUGAACUCAGGGAUCUGUACACACAUUAUCAGAGGAGGAGGGUAGGGGAGAUUGAUGAUGCUAGGCUUAAGUUUGAGCUUAAUACUAUGCUUUCGAGGGAGGGGAUUGAAGUAUGUAUGGUUCCAUCUCUUGAUAGGCCAGAGGAAGUAAAAUUUUCUGUACGCUUAAUUGAUACGGACUUAAACAAGUUAGUUACAUCAUGCAAUUGGAAACAUCAGCAGAAGAUCUACUUGCAGGUUAUAUUUCCUGUUAGCAGAAGUUAUUCUUCGGCACCUGCAGCUCCAAGAAUAAAAUUAGUUUCUACUCCAGAGUUAAAGUCCUUAUUCUCUAUCGAGGAUGUCAAACUUCCACAAUGGUUAGAUGGGAUGUGCAUGGCCGAAUACCUUCCUGUUAUUGAAGAUCACCUCAAGGUUCAGGUUGUGGAGGCAAUUGCAUCCAUUGGUGCAAGAAGACGUUUUAUAGAGGCUUUAGCUCCUCUUUUUGGAAGACCACUAGAAGUUGAUCCGGUAUUCUGCAGAAGAGCUACUGUGCUUUGUGGCUCUGGGGCUUUUACAUUUUUGGUUCACUUUUCUAUUCCUACACAGUUCCCAAAGCAGCAACCCAUAUUGGUAAUGCAAAGUUCUCAGCACUUUAAUUCUCAAAGCCUACCAAUAUCCUCACCCCCUGUGAAUGAAUACCCUUGGAGCCCUAGAUGGGAACCAGCAGAGAUGGCGGAACGAAUAUUCGAGUUCGUGGUAGACGAGUGUUUAGACUUCAAAAAGUUCUGUAUUGAUUCAUCACCUAAGUAACAAGAUUCACAUGUAGUAGCAGGGGUGGAAGGGAGGGUGGAAUGAUUCAUAAAAGACGAUGGCAAUUGGCUAGUUUCUGAUGGCACAACAUGAAGAGUUUAAUGAAAUAGACUUCUUUACUUUUAAAAUCGAUUUAUUCACCCUUUCUUUUACGGCUUAUAAAGAAGUGCAACUUUGUUUCUCUA